UUUCUCCUCAAAAAAUAGGUGGAAAUGAUUUUCAGUGUAGUUCUAUAUAUUCGAACAACCUGAUGAUUUAAAUGUAUACUACGACUGUAAAUAUUUCUAUAAUGUAGAAAAUCCAAGAAAGCUUACCUGGAGCAACUGAUAAAUAUCGAGGACACACAACUAUAGGUAAUAAAAUUCGCGACCAUUCUCAUAUGAAAACAAUUUGUUCCUAAUGAAAUUAGCUCAUUUCCUCGGUUAUUAAGGUUUUAUGUCUCCUUCCAAUCAGGUUAUGUUUCUGUGACAUACUAUCUGUAUCUUCAUGCGAUCCAUAUAGCAAAUCUAAUUAAUACUAAAAUUAUAUUGGAAUAAGUUUCAUUGACUUUUCGUCUCACAUAGAUAUGAAAUUCUUAUCACAUUGAUAAUGGUUAUGACGAUUCAAAACUUAUUUGACAUCGUUUUAGUUCUAUUGAGCUUUCACAUGAAUUAUACAUUAUAUUCUUAACAAUUAAUUAUGGUUGCACUGAUUUAGACUUCAUGUAAAUUUUUUAUAAAGAUUAUAAGUUUACAUAUGACUUUCAUGAAUUAUACGAUGCAUAUAAUUCAUAUGACGAGUCCACUGAAUAUAAACAAGAUUUUUAUUUCAGUGUAAUCCACUUGAGUUCGAUUCCCACGAUUGUAACCUGCAACGACGCAGUAAAAGUAAAAUUGAGCUCAAUAUAAGGCGAUGUUCAUCAUUGAUUACAUCAUUAAUCGUAGGGAUGUCGGGAAUUUCGAAUUACUCGAUUAUUCAAUAGCGGCCCUUACACGAUCAUUAAAAGUGUCAUUACUAAAAAGUAAUAACACUUUUAAUGAUCGUGUAAGGUCUACGAGUUCAGUAAUGACACGAGUAAUGAUGGAAUUUCGGAUUUUCCAUCAUUACCAACAUAAUUUCUUCUUCUUAUUUUUUUUGUGGAAGUGCUGAAUAUCUUUAGAACUAUACGCGAAAAAAUGACGGUGUAGAUUUAAUAUUUUAUUAACCUUAACGUUACAAUGGCAAAUCAAAUUUAUUUUCAGCUAGACGAAAAUAAAAAUAUUGCUAUUGCUAUUGCUGGAGUAGUAACAAAUACUCAUCAUUAAUAAUGAACGUGUAAUGCUAAAAAGUAAUGAUGUACAGUAAUGCAGUAAUGACGAGCGUUUGAGCAGAAGUGUCAAUACUUAGUAAUGACACUUUUAAUGAUCGUGUAAGGGCCGCUAAUAAUCGAGUAUAAUUUUGAAACUGAUCGAUUGAAAUUUAUUCGAUUAUUUGAGUUAUUAAUCGAUUACUCGAUUAAUCGAUCAAUAUUACGACAUCCCUAAUUAAUCAUAUUCUGUGCAGUAAACAGGAGCAAGGAGGAAAUUCAGUUUCGUGAUAAAAUACAGAUAAUAUCUGAACUUCAGUGCUACAAUGGCGAAUAGUGAAACAUCAGGUGUAAAAGUAGAAAUAACAACUGAUCCGAUCCCGACUCCGGUGCAGAUAAAAACGGAAACCGAACGUGGAGAGUUCCUUCUCAACAACCAGUUCAUGUCGGAUGUAAUCUUCUUGGUGGGUCCGGACAAGCAGCGAAUAUACGGUCAUAAGUUCAUCCUGUUCAGAACAUCGAAUUACUUCUUUCAACUAUUCACAAACUCUACCGUCAACGAGUUCCCAAUUGAAGACAGCGAUCCGAACAUUUUGCUGGAGUUACUACGGUUUGUCUAUUGCGGAAAGAUUGACCUAACCUCCGAGAAUGUGCGCGAAAUUUACAACGAAUCGAAAAAAUUUUCGUUGGACAAAAUAUUGGAAGCAGUGGAAAACUUUCUUAAUCAGACCAUUAACUCAGAAAAUGUGCUCUGUAAAUUGAUCGAUAAUCGAUUCUACAAAUUUAAGUCAAUCGACCGGAAGUGCUUGAAAAUAAUUUGUGACGAUCCUUUCUCUUACAUCGAUCAGGCAGACUUUAAACGGUUGGACCGCAAAUUACUCAAAUUAAUUGUAACUGCCAAGACAAUCUACUGUACAAACGAUCAACUGCUAGAAAUCUUGGAUACGUGGCAAAAAACUAACUACGAGGAAAAUAUUUCAGAUUUAGAAUUAGAUAUCAGGUUGAAUUCAAUUAUUACGUGGAAAAAACUUCUGUUUUUCGGAAUGCCCUCUGAUGAUUCCAAGAUCAUUGAAUCGCUAAAUUUUCGAAUCAAAAAAGAACUAGGUGUCAAAUUCACCGGAUUAGGACUUUGUUAUAAAUCCGCUAACGAAAUACAUAGAGUACAGAUUGAUAUUAGUGAGUUCUACGGUGAAUACACUAUGAAAGGUGAAUACACUUUUAGAAAUGAUAACGACGACAUAAUGAAAAUAGUUGAUAUAUUUUUCAAACCGAUUGACAUUAAACCCAAUGUUUAUUAUACAAUAUCUAUUAAACAUAAAACAAAAGUAGAGCCGUUCUGCCUAGGUUCAUGUCGACCAGGUCCCAAUGACAUCAAUCUAGAAAUUUGGAAUAAUGAUAAUGGGUGUUAUCCACCGAUCGCCUAUUUAUACUACAAGGCAAAUACAGUAUCAUGACAAAUCUUGUAAUUAAAACACAAAUUACUUUUAAUUUAAAAAAAUACACAAUUCUAUAAAAUAGUAUAAAUCCGUCUGUUUUACCUUUUUGCCUUUCUCAUAUAGAAAGGCUAUGCAAUCACUGUGAAAAGCGACUUUUUAACCGAGGCCCGGAGGGCCGAAUGUCAUAUACCAUUCGACUCAGCUCGACGAACUGAGCAAAUGUGUUUGUGUGUGUGAGAGAGAGAGAGAGAGAGAGAGAGAAAGAGAUAGAGAGUAUGUGUAUGUAACAAAAAUAUACACAGGGCUUGUAUUGUGAAUCCUCAAACGAACAAAGCAACAAAAAAACAUCUGCUGUGA